UGCAAUUUGCAAAGUACCGGCGCUUGUUUUUGUUGUUGGAGCAAACGAACAAGGAUGAGUGGCUGGACGUUUCGUGUGCGCGAUUACGCGCAGGAAGCUGCACAGUCUGCACUGCCGCGAGAAGAUGCCACCAACGACCACCCUUUGCUUCGCCAGCAGCCACAGGCGACCCGCGCAACAGCUACUACUGCCAGCGCAUCCACUGCAGCCACAACACCGACGGCCACGCAGUCUGUGAGCGACGAUCCCCUCGCAGACCCGCUGUCUGCUGUUGAGGAUGACCCACUGGCGUCGUCGGAAACGCCGCACGCAACCACGGGUCUGUACUCUGCCGCUGGGGAGAUGGACGAAUCCUUUGAGCCGUGGGAGUGCAAGGUGCCCGGUAUCCUUGCACGCUACACCACCAGCGAGAAGCUCAGCCUGGCCUCCAACAUGCUCGGGGGUAAAGGCCCCAGCAUGAGUGGCGACACCAUGAGCGACAAGGUGAAGAGCCGGCUUGAGGAGCUCGAGGGCGACGAGGAGCAGGAGUUGGACGAGUUGACGCAGCAGGAGUUUGUUGCGCGCAUCGAGAAGCUGUCACGCGACCUCACCGUCGCGUGGAAGAAGGAGCAGCGCGUCAACGCCAUCAAGCUCGUCAUCCAGUCCUCGAAGCUGCUUGGCAAGACAGAGGUGCUCAAGUUCUACCCGUCCAAGUUUGUGCUUAUCAGCAACAUUCUGGACACCUUUGGCGACCUCGUGUACGGGCGUCUCGUGGCCAAGGCAAAUGAGUCCUUUGCACAGCAGGGCAGGCGCGCGAAGCUCCCCGUCGACUUCACCCCAGAUAUGGUGCCGCCAGGGGCGCGCGAGAUCUGCCAGAACUGGUUCUUCAAAGUUGCGUCGAUCCGUGAGCUGCUGCCACGCAUCCUCGUGGAGACAGCCAUGCUCAACUCAUACCGCUUUCUCGGCGCAAUCGACAUUGACGCCACGUUGACGCGUCUCACCUCCCAGAUCCGCGGCGUGGGCGACCCCCUCGUCGCAGCGUACUGCAGAUGCUACCUUGCCAGGGUUGCUGUGCGGGUUGCGCCACGUGCGCGUGCGUUCCUGAUGCCGCUGUUCCGGGACCUGAUGGCGACAAUGAAGCAGGUGUCGACAGACCACGUGCGGCGGCAGCUCAAGGAGCAGCGCAUCAGCACGGGCGAAUACAUGCACAUCUUCAGCCCCGCCAUUGACUGGAUCAUGCAGUGCGUCGCUCACAAGGCUGAUGCUGCGACGCUGCGAGAGAUUAUGGACACGUGCCAGGCGAACAAGGGCUCGUCUGUCCUUCUCAACGCCGUCAUCGCCUCCUUCCCAACGGGAUAUGUCUCCCGCAGGGCGACGCAGUUCAUCUCGCUGAUCAAGGAGGCACCGGACACGGGACUGCCAAAGUUCCAACUCUUCCGCACGCUCGGCCUCAACGUGUGCAUGAGCCCGCCCCCGGACCAGGACAGGAAGGCAAUCCUCAACGAGGUGUGGAAUGCGGUGACGAAGCUUGAUGCGCCGGACGAGUAUGUGGCGUGUGCAGAGGCGUGGAUUGCGUAUCCAAUCAAGUAUUUCUCGCCAAAGCAGGUCAACACCAUGCUCGGUGACAUCGUUGCACACAUGUCACGCGGGCGGGCGUACAGCCAGCACUACGGCCAACUCAUGUCCAUCCUCAGCAAGCUCCUCACACACAUGCACGACUUCAGUGCGCUGUUUUCGAUGGACAACUUCCUGCCGUUUAUGGAUCUAUUCCAGGAAGCAGAGGUGAAGGCUGAGUCCGCCAAGAGCGUGAUGGAGGCGUUUGCACAGCACCAGCGCGACGAGACAGCGGACCAGCUUGUCCUCAGUGGCAUGAUGUACCUGUGUAAAGUGGCACACGACUCGCUCAAUGCAAUGACGUUUGAGGAUGAGCGGAAGCGGGUUGCCUCCCUCAUCAUCGCCUUCCUCACCAAGGCUGCGUUUGGACGCAACUUUGAGGCUGCGCUCGAGUUCUUCGUGGAGGCGCGCGGGAACUUUUCGAAUCUGGACGCUGUGCUGAAGUAUGAGGUGCACCGGGUCAACGCACUCAUUAUGCAGACACACGCCAUUGUCAAGGGGAAGCACAACAGGAAAACGUCGCAGUUUGUUCGCUCGUGCAUCGCCUUCACCUUCAUCACCAUCCCCACCAUCUCGGACUACAUCAUGCGCAUCAAGCUGUAUGUUGCGUCCGCGUGCGUCGCCAUUGUGAACCACGCCCUCUCGCAAGCCGACGUCUUUGUCCAGGCGGCCAUCGACCUCAUCCCAGAUCUUCCAGAACGCAUCGAUGUUGACAUGACGAUGGAGCUGAUUGAUCCGUUCAUUGCAGACGGCGUUGAGACCAUGGCCGGCGCCCUCCUGAUGCUGCCUGAUCAUCCUGAGAAGGACCGGCUGUUCUUGCACAAGCACUUGUUUACCACGAUCAAGGAGCGCGAAUGGAAACGCCCUGAGUGCUAUUGCCGUGCGCUGUUGUCCCUCAUUCGCAUGCUCGGCGGUCUUGCACAACCGUCCUACCUCUACGGCGCAGACGGCGUUGAGGCGAACGAUGCGCUGUAUGCGUCGAGUCCCAAGUUCAUGGGUGACGUGAGCACGAUGACCAAAGCGGUGAUUGAAGAGCUGUUUGCCGUCAUGAAGGAGAUGCCGCCUGGACAGGCAAAGACGGCCGCACUCUGCGACACCUUCGACACGCUCGCGCGGACCGGCGAUAUGCAACAGGCCGAGGCCGCGCAGCUGGCAGCAGACUUUGCUGUGCUUGCACGCAAGCAAUCCAGCGACGCCUCCGUGCGCGUGCAACAAACGCUGAGCGAGCUCACUCGUACCCACGUGCCCGGCGCUGAAGACCUGGCCCUCCUCUGCGCGUAGCAACACACACAUAUGCACACACGCACAUACACCUCGUUAACUCUUCCAUCGAUUGCUGCCUGUGGCCUGUUCUCGUCUUCGUUGCUUCGUUGCUGUUCUUGUUUCAUGUGUGUGUCAGCAGAAUAAAUCCGUGCCUGUGAG